AUGAAGCCUACUGCCACUCCAUGGCUAUCGUUGGUAUUCUGCACGUUGGUUGUGGAAAUACCCACCUCUCCAGAACAUCAACAAGGCUCUUUUCGCUGGGAGACUACCAAAUCUGUGAUAGCUUUCGGCGACAGUUACACAUACGUCCAGGGCACGCUCGGCCACCAAAACUACUCUUUUAUCGGCGAUGAACUGAACCUGGCCUUCACACCAGAUCAACUCUUUUCCAACCACAUCGUACAGAACCUCACCGGAACGGCGGAAGGCGGCCCAAACUGGGUUGAAUUCCUAACCGACUGUGGUGUUGAAGAUGGCCUACACAGCCCACAGGAUUGCGACAUCCAGCUCUGGGGCUUUGCCUACGCGGGCGCCAAUACAAUCGAAGAAGCUGGCUUCACACCACUUCACCAUAACCACACCGUCUCUCUAGAACGCCAGAUAGAGCAAUUCAUCCGCUACGGCAAUCUCGCGCUGGAGUCUAUUCAUCUGAGUAAGAAGCAUGCGCUGGUGACAGUCUGGAUUGGCAUCAACGAUAUCAACGACCUCGUCAGCACUCAGGGUAAAAACGCAACUUUCGCACCGGCCUACAACAAAGUGCAGGAGAACGUCUUCAAGAGCGUGCAGAAAGUAUACGAUCUGGGAUACAUGAACUUCUUAUUCAUGAACCUCCCGCCUCUGGACCGCGGACCUGGUACACCCAGAGUCAAUGCCUCGCUUGUUGAAUCUUUCAACAGUAUUCAAGAAACCUUUGCCAGCGAAUUCGAGGCCAAGAACUGCGACGCAACGGUUAUGACAUUCGAUGUCAAUAGCGUGCUGAAUUCAGUCCUAGAUCAUUACCAAGACUACGGAUUCAAAAACAUUGCGGAUUACUGCCCGGGGUUCAAUCAGCCAGACAUCUUGACUGACCCGGGGAAAUACGGAUGCACGGAAUUGGAUACGUACUUUUGGUACAACUCGGGGCAUCUCACGAGCCGCGCACAUGAGAUUAUGACUGGCUUUUUGAGGAAGUGGCUGCUGAAGCAAUGA